CGUGACCCAUACCAACUUCCUUUCCAGUAUAUAACUGUAUUUGAAGUAGUGAAGUUGAGUGAUAUUGGGCAGACGACGUGUAUUAGCAGGACCUAUAGAAUCUAUCUUCAUGUUGAACUAUAAACUUGAUCUAUGUUUCAAUACAAUCAUUAGGACUACAUCGGUUACACUAUUUAACUCAAGAGCACAGUUGGGGGGAAUCCGCAGAACCCGGAGAAAACCCACGACGUUAGGUUCUAGAACGCCACAAUGACUCAAGUGCCGAAACCAGUGAAGGAGUUAUUUACGAACGGAUGCAGUGGUUGUAUCAACAAAUGUCGUGAAUCGAGGAAACUCGUGUUAGUUAUUGUGUUUAUAGCUUUGUUUCUGGAUAAUAUGCUUUUAACUGUUGUAGUUCCAGUAGUGCCAAAUUUUCUUCGGAAAUUAGAAGAUGCUCACAGGAAAGAAAAUGUGGGUAAAAAUCGGACGGUGUAUGUAGGACCUUAUUAUGAAAUUAUUUGUUAUAAUAGAACAAACGAUUCCGAAUCCGACAAUCAUUACACGUGGAAGGGAGUGACUUAUCUUCCAAAAUAUUAUGUGCCAACUCCGACUAUAGAAAACGUAUGUGAAAACGUUUCAAUAGACGCACGCAACGUAACAGAAACGUUUUAUAUAACGACAGAAAGUGCUUUUGGACACGAGGAUUUAGCCAAUGAGAAUAUCAAAGUAGGACUUAUGUUUGCUUCUAAAGCCAUGAUACAGUUGAUAGUCAAUCCCUUUAUAGGUUUAAUAACAAACAGAAUUGGAUACAGUAUACCAAUGUUUACUGGUUUUUGUAUUAUGAUGGUAUCUACUAUAAUAUUUGCGUUUGGUGAGAGUUAUGUUGUGUUGUUUGUAGCGAGAACUAUUCAAGGUAUAGGAUCAUCUUGUUCCAGUGUCGCAGGUAUGGGGAUGUUAGCAGAAAGAUAUCCGGAUGAUAAAGAACGAGGUAAUGCUAUGGGUAUAGCGUUAGGUGGAUUGGCUAUGGGUGUUCUAAUUGGGCCGCCAUGGGGAGGUGUCAUGUACGAAUUUGCCGGAAAAGAAGCCCCGUUUUUAAUCCUGGCUUUCCUGGCUUUGGUUGAUGGAUGUUUACAGUUGUUUGUUCUACAACCGUGUGUAAAACCAGAAUCUAUGGAAGGAACAUCAUUUAGAAAACUGCUGUCUGAUCCUUAUAUCCUUAUUGCUGCAGGAUCUAUCACUUUUGCUAAUAUGGGAAUCGCGAUGAUGGAACCAUCGCUACCUAUCUGGAUGUACGAGACUAUGGGUUCAGAAGAAUGGGAACAAGGUGUCGCGUUUUUACCGGCCAGUAUAUCUUAUUUAAUAGGAACAAAUAUCUUCGGUCCUUUGGCUCACAAGAUAGGCAGAUGGUUAAGUGCUAUGAUAGGAAUGGCUGUAAUUGGAAUAUGUUUGUUUGUGAUACCAUUUUCCACUAAUAUACUGCACUUGAUAGCACCCAAUUUUGGUCUGGGGUUCGCCAUUGGUAUGGUGGAUUCCGCCAUGUUGCCACAUAUGGGAUAUUUGGUUGAUCUACGUCACGUGUCUGUAUAUGGUAGCGUGUAUGCUAUAGCUGAUGUAGCUUUCUGUCUCGGAUUCGCUGUAGGUCCGGCCAUUAGUGGGACAAUAGUACGAGAAGCUGGAUUCCAAUGGAUGUUAUGGUUGAUAGCUAUAGUGAAUCUACUUUAUGCGCCUUUACUCUAUUUUCUAAGAAAUCCACCGGCAAAAGAGGAGAAUCUCUCGUUGAUCAUGAAUGAGAAGUGUCCAGUACAAUAUGUGACGUAUAACCAGACGAAACAAGGUAUUCUCAACUCUGAUGAAGAAGCUGAUUACCUAGAAUAAAUAGUAAUAAUAUGACGUAGCGUAGCGGAGCGGGGUAUAAUAGCGAGGCUUGUUUUGAAGGGUGGAUUUGAAUAAUGUGUAAAAUUUAAGAAGUUUUGCUCGUGUAUACUCGUGUCCCCUUUCUAGAAUAAUAAUAAUAAUAAUAAUAAUCAUAUUUAAUGAUUGAUCCAGGUAAACGUGCAUUCAUUGAUAUUUAAAUAUACAAAAAACAGUUUCACCAAGUGAAAUAUUAUAAUGCAUAUAAUUUGUAUAUUGAAAUAUGAAAUAGAUCAUCAUUAACGUGACGUCAAUAUUAGUCUAGGAAACGUGACGUCACAAGUAAUCUAGGAGUUAUAGUAUAUUCGGACAUGUGAUGUCACAAGUAAUCUAAAAAUGACGAUGUAAAAGAAACGUGACGUCACAGGCACUCUAUGAAUGGUUGUAUUCUAGGAAAUGUGACGUCACAACUACUCUCAGAUGACGGUAUUCUAGAUAAUGUGACGUCACAAUUACUCUAGGGUGACGGUAUUCUAGAAAAUAUGACGUAACUAGUUAACUAGAAAUGACGGUGUAGUAGGAAAGGCUGGCUACACAUGUACCAGUAAAACUUUGUUUGAAAAUGGAAUUUUUGCUGUAAACUAGAAACUUUUAUUUGAAAGUUGUUAAAGUCAACUGACGACCGUAUUAGACUGUCCUCGGAUGGGUUUCUUCUAGUCUGGAGAAUUAUUAUUAAACUCUUUAAUUUAAGUAUUGUAAAAUAUGACCACGUCUUCUGAAGUGCAAAUAUUAAAAUAGCGCAUAGGAUUAUUUAUGGUGAACAGAACUAGAAGUUCAUUUAUUGAGUUAACUUGUAUAUUGCCCCCCCCCCCACCCCCGCCUUCCCACCCACCCACCACUACCACUAUUCUCCAAUGCUAAUUAAGAUUCGACAGGAGAAAAUAACUCUUUACAGGGUCAUUACAAAUAUGCUUUGGUACAGAUCAUUGGAGACGAAGUCGUAAACCAAAAACUGUGACGGCUGAAUCGUUGCCUUCUGCCGAUCAUUUCAGUGUUGUGAAAUAUUAAUUAAAUGUCGUGUAGAUGUAAAUAUGUAAAAUAAGUUUUAGGUAAUUAUAUUAUCUAUCGGUCUUAUACCAUGGAUUCUUUCAAACUUGACAUAUAUCGAAUUUCCGCACGUGAUGAGGAAUUAUUCAUGUAAACAUCGGAUGGUAUAAAAUAUAUUUCCAUUGACGUCAUCUAUUUAUGACGUCAGUGUAUAUUUCUGUCCACGUCCUGGCGAUCUUGUCAUUUAAAGCAAUCUUUCUGUGUAUUUCCGUGGAAUAAUGAACUGAUUAUCAUGAUGAACGCGGAUAUUCAACCGAGAAGAUAGGUCUAUGUCCGGUAAGGGCAAAGCAUUCAACCGAGAAGAUAGGUCUAUGUCCGGUAAGGGCAAAGGUAGUUAAGAUUCAUCGCAUGGACGUUAGUUAGUAUGGUCGUCAGUUGUCAAUGGGAAUAUUGUCAAAUACGACAAAUAGGCAGGAAAGAUUAAAACCAAGAUGUCUGACUAUUAUACUCUCAUAGGCCAUGUUUGCAUUCGGUUUUUUGGACCAGACGUUAUCGUGAACACAUUGGCGUGCAAGAAAAAGAUCCCUUGGCAUUUGGAAUUCGAUAUAAGAGUAGGCCGUAGCGCCGCUGCUCGGGCAAAAUUUCCCUCAUAGCACAUUGUAUGACGUAUGCCUGUCUCCAUUAGCCCAGUUUAGGAGCAGAACAGUAGGACGUUAAACCCCAUUUCAUUUCAUUUCAUUUCUGGACGUUAUCACCAACUUCUUGACAAACGCAACUUCCGCUCUCUUUCUACAAUGAGCUCCGCUUUGAGAACCAUCUUGGUAUUAGAGUAUAAUAGCAUAAAAAUCUUGGUUUAAAAUCAAAUUCAGAUUUAAAAGAAAUUAAUGUGUUUGAUGAUGUUUGAGAGAUAUAGAUGGUUAGAUAAGUAAAAAUGUUAGUAAUAAUUUACUUGUUAACAAUUAGUAAAACUUUUAGUACAAACUAAUGUAAUAAUUUACUUGUUGACAAUUAGUAAAAUUUUUAGUACAAACUAAUGUAAUCAUUUACUUGCUGACAAUUAGUAAAACUUUAGUACAAACUAAUGUAAUCAUUUACUUGUUAACAAUUAGUAAAACUUUAGUACAAACUAAUGUAAUCAUUUACUUGUUAACAAUUAGUAAAACUUUAGUACAAACUAAUGUAAUCAUUUACUUGUUAACAAUUAGUAAAACUUUAGUACAAACUACAUGCUCCUAGAUUCAAUGUAAAUAUUGAUGCUGUUGGUCAAUAUUUCACGACCUGGGGCCGGUUGCUCAAAGCUUUGAUAACUUAUAACGACUCGUUAACAUGGCGUUAAAGGAUCGUUAUCUUUAAAAGAGAGAACAUCUGUUGCUGGUGACCCCGUUAACUUUAACAUGUCGUUAUCUGUUUAACGAUGGCAUGAGUCGACUGCCAGUCAAAGUAUACCCUUAGCAAAACCAUCCUAUAGAUUACCAGUGUAGUUUUCUAUAGAAUUCUAUAGAACAUUCUAGGGGGUUGGGGGAGAUCCCAUUUUCUAUAGAAUUAAAUUCUAUAGUAUUCAACAUAAUUCGGGGGGGGGGGCUGUAGGAAAUAAGAGCCCUAAAUAUUCUACAGAUUCUGUAGUGCAAACCCUAUAACUGUUCCUACAGAUUCUGUAGUGCAAACCCUAUAACUGUUCCUACAGAUUCUGUAGUGCAAACCCUAUAACUGUUCCUACAGAUUCUGUAGUGCAAACCCUAUAACUGUUCCUACAGAUUCUGUAGUGCAAACCCUAUAACUGUUCCUACAGAUUCUGUAGUGCAAACCCUAUAACUGUUCCUACAGAUUCUGUAGUGCAAACCCUAUAACUGUUCCUACAGAUUCUGUAGUGCAAACCCUAUAACUGUUCCUACAGAUUCUGUAGUGCAAACCCUAUAACUGUUCCUACAGAUUCUGUAGUGCAAACCCUAUAACUGUUUCUACAGAUUUAUGCUAAAAUUUCUAUAUAUAUAGUAUUCUGUAGAUUUUUUCUAGUGUUUUCAAGUUUUGAGUACAGACGACACAGUUGUCCUCUUUAUUCCGUUCUUGUUAAUACUAACUUCUAUGAAGUUAUUAUACAUAUACAUUGAAUUUAUAAAUUUAAAAUUCACUUGGAUUAACUUUAAUCAGUCCGUUAGCUAACGGAUAAUGAAAUAAACGGACCGUUAACACGUUAGCAAGAUAGCGAUCCGUUAGAGUUUAACGGAUCGUUAAAAUAACUGAGUUUUGAGCAACCGGCCCCUGGGAUUAAACUAUUUUAUAGGAAUCUAUUUCAUAACGCCAGCUCCAGAUGUAGUCAAAGGUCAUGAGAUGUAGCGCUAACCCGAACCCUGGACCUAGCCCUAACCUUACCCCACUAUCUAGUCAACAAUCACGUGCCCUAACCUUAUUUACAUCUCAGCGACCUUGACGUAAUCUGCAGAUGACCUUAAUAAAUAGAUCUCGCCCUAUAGAUGUUGUAGAAGAGUAACUAGACCUUGUUAAUAAUAAAUAUAUGAAUGUACAGUGGCGUAUAAAGAUAAAUAGUGCUCAAUGACAAUACUUCUCUCGUUCAACCUAUUUAAAAUUACUUUUUCUCCCCCGUGAUGUUGACAUUGAAUUCCGGUAAUGUUCGGUAAUGUCCGGCAAUGUUCGGUAAGGUCCGACGUGUUUAAUGUUCAAAUAUUGUAGGAAUAUUAAAACGAAAUGUGAUUGACCUCUCAUUUUAACUAGAUUGAACCUGUUUGUAAAUACAUGUAUUCGAAUAAGGCUUAUUAUCUUAUCGCAUCACGGAGUUAUUUCCCUUUAUAUAAUAUAUAAUUGAACUUCAAGCCUAGCGUAUUAAAGAUUCUGUCAGAGGGGGCAUUGAUAGUUGGUUCCUCAAAUUUAUGUUUCCAUGACACCAUCUGUAGAAAACAAUAUCCAAUGUUGUCAAGAAUAUAUUUUUUUAGGAUACUUCCUGGAGCCUGGUCGCCAUUAAGGCGAUGAACGGAAGGGGACAUCCGCGUUACCGGGCAACGCGUGUCCAAUGGAUAAGCUAAGAUAUCAACUACUGUAAUAGAGUCAACAAUUUGAGAUAUACUGUAGAAUGGAAAUCGAGGACCCAACAGUUGAUCUUAUUAUGCGAAAGGGAAUACUGUUUGUGGAGGUCUGACAAUAAGGGGAAAUAACUCUAGUAAUAAGAUAUAAUUGCUAUGACUGUGUUUCGUGUAUUGUUUUUUGUGUAAUCAGCCAUUCGUCCAGAUUACUGUAAAAUGUAAAUACUAUAUUCUAUGGUUCUUUAUUUAUUCUCCUGUUUUAAAUUGGCUGUGAUUGAUUGAUUGUAGAUAAUAAAAUGUGUCUCUUA